CGCGUCGGGAAGAUGGCGCUACGUCUGCUGCGGAGGGCGGUGCGCGGAGCGGCGUCGGCGGCGGCGGCGGCGGCGCUGCUAAGGCUGAAAGCAUCUCUGGCAGCUGAGGUGUCCAGGCCUGGAUAUAGUUCCUUAUCUAAUCACAAGUACAUUCCACGGAGGGCAGUGCUCUAUGUACCUGGAAAUGAUGAAAAGAAAAUAAAGAAGAUUCCGUCCCUGAAUGUAGAUUGUGCGGUGCUCGACUGUGAGGAUGGUGUGGCUGUGAACAAAAAGAAUGAAGCUCGAUUAAGAAUAGUAAAAACUCUCGAAGAUUUUGACCUGGGCCCAACUGAGAAGUGUGUGAGAGUCAACUCGGUGUCCAGUGGUCUGGCUGAAGAAGACCUGGCGACCCUCCUGAUGUCCCGAGUGCUCCCUUCCAGCCUAAUGCUCCCGAAGGUGGAAGGCCCUGAGGAAAUCCAGUGGUUUUCAGACAAAUUUUCGUUCUACUUAAAAGGCCGAAAACUUGAACAACCUAUGAAUUUAAUCCCUUUUGUGGAAACUGCAAUGGGUUUGCUCAAUUUUAAGGCAGUGUGUGAAGAAGCAGUAAAGACAGGUCCUCGAGUGGGUCUUUUUCUAGAUGCAGUUGUUUUCGGAGGAGAAGACUUUCGAGCCAGCAUAGGUGCAACAAGUAGUAAAGAAACCCAAGAUAUUUUCUACGCCCGGCAAAAGAUUGUCGUUGUAGCGAAGGCCUUUGGUCUGCAGGCCAUAGAUCUGGUGUACAUCGACUUUCGAGAUGGAGAGGGGCUUCUCAGGCAGUCGAGAGAAGGAGCUGCGAUGGGAUUUACUGGUAAGCAGGUGAUACACCCUAACCAAAUUGCAGUCGUCCAGGAGCAGUUUUCUCCUUCUCCUGAAAAAAUUAAGUGGGCUGAAGAACUGAUUGCUGCCUUUAAAGAACAUCAACAAUUAGGAAAGGGAGCCUUUACUUUCCAAGGGAGUAUGAUCGACAUGCCAUUACUGAAGCAAGCCCAGAACAUUGUCACGCUUGCCACAUCUAUCAAGGAAAAAUGAUCUGUUAAAUGAAGCUCUCAUCAGCAUGUGCUCUUAUAUUGAAGGCUAAAGGGUAUUGAAGCUGCGAAGGAUCAACUUGUGUUUGCCAGAGGACGCCAAUGAAAUUUGAAACACCAACAAUCAGAGAUUUUGUUUCUGCUCCUCAUUAAAUCAUGAGCUUUUGUGUUGAGA